AUGGUUGACCUCGACUUGCCGGAAACCCCAGUUCCAGUCUGGUUGGACUGUGAUCCCGGUCACGAUGACACCUUCGCCAUCCUCCUGGCCGCUUACCACCCAACGAUCAAGCUCCUGGGUCUCUCGACCGUGUUCGGAAACGCCCCCCUAGAAAAAACAACAGCCAACGCCUGCUCCAUCCUCACGGCAAUCGGCAAGCACAAUGAGAUCCCCGUCCACGUCGGCGCCGCCAAGCCCAUGUCCCGCCCGCCCAUGCAGGCCGCCACCGACAUCCACGGCGAGUCCGGCCUCGACGGCACCGACCUGCUCCCGCAGCCCCUGAAGCCCGCGGACCGCAGCACCCCGGCCGUCGACGCCAUGGCCGCCGCCCUCUCCGCGCAGGCCCCCGGCACCGCCUGGCUCGUCGCGACGGGGUCCCUGACCAACGUCGCCCAGCUCUUCGAGAAGUACCCGGACCUCGUGGCCCACAUCAAGGGCCUCAGCAUCAUGGGCGGCGCCAUCGGCGACGGCUUCACGGACAUCGUCUUGGGGAAGGUCGACGGCGUCGCGCGCGUGGGGAACUGGACGCCCUGGGCCGAGUUCAACAUCAUCAUCGACCCCGAGGCCGCCGCCAGCGUCUUCCACAACAAGGCGCUCGCGGCCAAGACGACCCUCGUGCCGCUCGACCUGUCGCAUCAGGUUCUCGCCACCGAGGAGGUGAGGGAGUUGUUGUUGUACGGCAAGGAAGGGGGUGAGAAGACGGGGAGGGGCAAGACCACGUUGCGGCAGAUGCUGGUGGAGCUCCUCAUGUUCUUCGCCAAGACGUAUAGCGACGUCUUCGGCAUCACCGCCGGACCGCCCCUCCACGACCCCCUCGCCGUGGCCGCCGUGCUCACGGGCACCAAGCACGAGAUCCCCUUCCACGACUUCGACACCAAGAAGGGCAACUGCGUAAAGUACCACGAGCGCUUCGACCUGACCGUCAUCACGGAGGGUUCGCUCGAGGAUGCCAAGGAGGGCAAGGCGCAGCUUGGCAGGACCGUCGCGAAGUUGCUGGAGCCCGGUAGCGAGGGCGUGAGGAUACCCCGCGGCCUCGACAUUCCCAUGUUCUGGAAGGUCAUUGAGGAGUGUACGGAGAGGGCGGACCGUGUUAAUGCUGGUGAGGUGACGGGGCUGAAGGAGAACGGGACGCUGCAGAACUAA